AUGAUUGAUAAGCCAGAGAACAACAACAAAAAAAACAGAGAGAACUUCUUUCAAGAAGUCCUAGAAGGAAAUGUGUACUCCCUCCAAUCGUACAAAGCAUCGGCUGACAACUUCAUGUGCGCGCUGAUACCCGAAUCAUCAGCCUCGCACAUAGAGUACACAAACGGCGGACUCAUAUACAAGCCCGGAGGCAGCAACUUGCAGCAUGCAACAUCAAUUGCAUUCCUUUCACUAGUCUAUGCCAACUACCUAACUCGAACGUCUCAAGCUAUCAACUGUGGGAACAUAUAUGUAAGUCCAACCACACUUCGCCAGCUCGCUAAACGCCAAGUUGAUUACAUUCUAGGCGAUAACCCUAAGGGUAUAUCGUAUAUGGUCGGGUAUAGUGAUUACUACCCACAAUGUAUUCACCAUCGCAGCUCGUCGAUGCCGUCCAUCAAAGACCAUCCUCAAUUCAUUGGGUGCAAGGAGGGUUCUAUCUACUUCAAUUCAACAAAUCCUAACCCUAAUAUCCUCGUUGGGGCCGUGGUGGGAGGACCGGGGGAAGACGACAUCUACGACGACAAUCGAGUUGAUUAUAAGAAAUCAGAGCCAACGACCUACAUUAAUGCACCGAGUUGUGAUUCAGGAACCCUAAAUGCCACUUUAGCAAGAGGAAAAGUAGUUCUUUGUUUCCAAUCUCGUUCACAGAGGUCAGCUUCUGUUGCUGCAACAACUGUAUUGCAUGCUCAUGGUGCUGGUCUCAUCUUUGCCCAGUUUCCCACAAAGGAGGUUACUUUACCCUGGAAUAUCCCUGGUGUCCAAGUGGACUUUGCGGUCGGGACAUCUCUGCUCAUGUACAUGGAGAUGACCAGAAAUCCUGUGGCCAAGUUUAGCCCAACAAAAACAGAUGUGGGACAACAGAUUUCCCCAGAAGUGGCAUUUUUCUCCUCUAGAGGACCCAGUUCCUUAUCUCCAUCUGUAUUGAAGCCUGAUAUUGCUGCUCCUGGUGUUAAUAUUUUGGCAUCCUGGUCCCCUGCUUCUUCCCUCUCUCAACCCCUUGAAUUCAAUAUUGAUUCGGGAACUUCCAUGUCUUGUCCCCAUGUAUCUGGCAUUGUGGCUCUUCUUAAAGCUAUCCAUCCAACAUGGAGCCCUGCUGCAAUAAAGUCUGCGCUGGUCACUACAGCUUCUUUGAAAGAUGAAUAUGGUCAAUCUACAGUGGCUGAGGGAGCUCCCCAUAAGCAGGCUGACCCAUUUGACUUUGGAGGUGGUCAUGUUGAACCAAACAAAGCCUUGGCUCCUGGACUCAUAUAUGACAUGGGGUUCUCAGAUUACAUCCGUUUUCUUUGUUCCAUGGGCUACAAUAAUUCCGCCAUUAGCUCGUUGGCUAGGUCACACGUACAUUGUCGCAAGUCGGCCAAAUUCCUUGCAAAUCUUAAUCUGCCUUCUAUUACCAUUGCUGAGCUGAAGGAGAACUUAACUGUGUCAAGAACGGUUACAAAUGUUGGUCCAGUUAAUUCUAUUUACACUGCUUCUGUUCAAGCCCCGGCUGGAACUAAAGUGAUAGUUGAGCCACCAAAUUUGUUGUUUAAUUCUUCAAUAAGGAAGCUGAAAUUCAAGGUAACUUUCCAUUCCCAGCUAAGGGUUCAAGGAAGAUACUCAUUUGGUAAUCUGUUUUGGGAAGAUGGUUUCCAUGUAGUGAGAAUACCAUUGAUAGUUCGAACUGUCAUUGAUAACUUUUAUGCAGAAACAUAAUUCUGUUGCCACCAACAGUAAUAUAUAUCCCUUUGCAUCAAUAAAUUUCUUCUUUUAUUAAU